AUCCACCCACUACAAUCAACCACUCCACAAUCUGAUCUCGAGUUCACGUCGCGUCGAAGCAAGCUGGUUGCUCCUGAUAGGCCAAGCAGCAAGUCUUUCGCAUCCCCCCGGCUCGGUCCGCUCAUUCAUCCAAGGCAGACCAAUCGCAAUCUUCGAAGGAAGAGAUUGCCAUAUCCGCUUCCAGAAAAGGGACCCUCCGCACCACCUCUAGCCUUCCUACCACUCAAUCGCCUUUCGUCAUGGCAGGCGGCUCAUCGUCCAAGGGCUCCUCCAACAACCAUCACCAGUUCAAGGUCGGCGACGUAGUUUUGGCCAAGAUCAGGGGAUUCCCAGCAUGGCCUGGCGUGCUCGUCGGUGGUGAACAGGUGCCGCGAGAUGUCCAACGCGAGAAGCCCAAGGACAAAUUCAUCAUUCGCUUCUUCCCUAAAGCAGACUACCACUUCCCCGGACAUCGCGACCUCACUCUUCUUACUCGCGACGAAUGUCGCGCCUACGCCGAAGACUCUCACCGCAAAGAUGGCGAGCUCAAGGAAGCUUACAAGAUCGGCUCAGCUCCAGAGGAGUGGAUCAAGGAGACGGAUGCAGUCGUUCUCGAGGCGGAGCGAGCGAGGGAAGAGGCAGAGAUGGAGGCGCAAGAGAACCAGGAUCAGCUCGAGGAUGAUGACGAGUUGAAGCCCGAGAAGCCAGCUUCUGGCGCAUCCAAGAAGAAGAGGGCAGCUCCUGCCAAGCCGUCUACGGCUAGCAAGAGUAAGAAGGCAAAGACGGAGCCGGCAAGUGGAAGCAGCAAGGCUGCGGCUCCCGUCUCAGGCGGUGCAGCGCGCAAGUCGGCAGGCGCUGCUGGUGAGGAUGACGGGGAGGCCGGAGAGCUCGAUGAGGACACCAAGAAGGUGCGCAACUGGCGUCACUCCCUGCAACGCGCCUUCUUGCCAAAGGAUCGAGCCGCCAACGAGGAGGACGUGAAGGACCAGCACACUAUCUUCAGCACGGUUGAGUCAGCAGAUAUCACCUCCGAGCAACUCAAAGCCACCAAGAUCGGCAAGGUCAUGCGCAAGAUCAUUGGCCUCUCCUCCGUUCCCCUCGACGAGGUUCACCACUUCAAGCAGAGGGCAGAGGCGCUCGUCAACAAAUGGAAUGCCGUGCAGGCUGGUGGAUCAGCUGCGUCUCCCGCCAUUGGGGAGACAAAGGCUGCAGAGGCGAAGACGGAGGGUACGAAUGGGAACGGGAGUCAGAGCGCAGCAUCCGCGCCAGCACCAGCGGACGCGAGCGCGAGCGCGGAUGUCGGCGAUUUGACGGAGCUCAAGGACGAUGAGCCAACACAGCUCCACUCGACCGCCGACUCCGCACCUGCUCCUGAUACUGCUGCGCCUGUGGUCGAGUCCGCGCCGGUCAAUGGGUCGGCGUGAGGCUCGGGGAGGGAGAGAAAGCAAAGGUAGAGGGAAGCCAGCCAUAAUGCCAGGCAGUGUGGGCGACGGAGGGUCAGGCAAGGGACAGGAAUUAAGAGCGCGGGCAUCAGACUCAUCUAUACGAUUCGACUCGACCGACUCAACGCGACGCGGCAGGCGAUUUUGCGCUGCGUCCUUCUCUUUCGUAAAUCAAGGCGUCAAUGAUGCGCCUGCUCGUGAGGUCAAUGACAUCAGCGUCUUCCGACUCUCGCGCUGGUGAGAAAGAGAGGAGGUUCUGACUGAAUCAGAGCAGAUGUAGGGCAAAGAGCAAGCAAGAUGGCA